AUGGGAUCGCGAAAGCGCAGCCACUCUGAGGCGGUUGCCGCCCCCAAGCAGCAGCCCGUAGACGACAUGGGACUGCUCUCCCGCAUUCGAAACUUCUGGCAAUUCGCUUGCCUUAUGCAGUACAUUGCUAUCUUCGGAAAAGUCAUGAAGAUCGACGAGGAGUUCGGUAUUGAGGAUCUCGAAGACGAGUGCCUGAAGCCCGAGCAUUCAUACAAGUUGUUGGAUAUUGGAUUAUGCCUCUUGAAGUGGAUCUCAUCGCACCGCGGCCUCACGUUCGACAACUUCGACGAGUACACCCGCCGUCAGUACAAUGCAAAGGCCCCUAACGAGCCCAAUCCUUUCGGUUACGACGAAGUACCCCUACACUUCCUGGAUUUCGAUGUUUUUCUCAAGCUACGUGUCCUUCACCAACUUUCUGUCUGGACGUUCUGGAACCCGGACCGCAUCCGUGACAAAAUGCCCGAAAAGAAAGAGGGCGACCAGAUCCAAUGGCGCAUCGAAGAAUUCGGCUGGGAUCGUGAAGGUCGAUCCUACUUCGUCCUAGACGACAACCGCCUCUACCGCCGCACCGAUCCUCCUAUCCCCGCCCCCCAACGGACCAAGAAGAAGCCAAAGAGUCGGUCUUCCCGAGUAUCCCGUACAUCGAAGCGCGCUUCAGCUGCUGCUGUGGAAAAUGGAUCCGGUGAAGAGAACGAAGAUGCCAACGGAGCCAAUGGUUCUCAUUUCGAUUUCAAGUGGGAGUGUGUCGCAGUCACUCUCCCUGAAUAUCAGGAUUUCGUCGACAGUAUCCGCAAAAGCAAGGACGCCGAUGAAAAGACUCUCCGCAGCCGCCUCGAGGAACAUGUCCUGCCCAUUUUGGAGAAAGCAGAAGAGGCACAACAGCGCAAGCGACAAAAGCGCGAAAAGGAAUUGCUCAAUAUGCAAAUGCUCGCUGGUGCCAAGCGGUCCAGCCGACUUGCAGCAAAGGAAGAAAAAGAGCGAUCCGAACGCGAUGCCGCCGAGGCCUCCCGAAAGCACGAGGCUGCUUUGGCCGAGGCUCGUCGAGAGCAAGCUCGAAAGCAACAGCUCGAACAAGACAGACAGUCUCGCAUGAUGACGCGUGAACAGCGCAUCAAAGACCGCGAACAGAAGCGGAUCUUGCAUCAGGAGGAGAUGGAGCGAAUCAAAGAAGAAGAAGCGAGGCUUGAGCGAGGCGAGGGUCGUAUCUCUGCACGAAACCUCAAGGCCGAGCGAGAAAAGAUGCAGAAGAACAUGGAUGACCUCCAAGAGGAGUCCUGGGUCUUCGACUGCUCUGGCUGUGGAGUGUAUGGAGAAAACAUCGAUGACGGAAGCCACAGCGUUGCCUGUGAGCGUUGCAAUGUCUGGCAACAUAGCGCCUGUCUUGGCAUCAUUAGGGAUGAUGCCGAGAAGGAUGACUUCCAUUUUGUCUGCCAGGAUUGCAAGCGAAAGGAAGAGGAGGCGAACAAGCCCAAGAUUCCACCUCUCAAAUUUCGAGUCAGCACAUCCGCAUCUCCGUCCUCUGUGCCUCCGUCCUCUGUGCCUCCGUCCUCUGUGCCUCCGUCCUCCUCUAUCCCCUCCCCUGCCUUUGUUCCCCUGCCUGCCUCUGUGCCUCCGCCCUCAUCAAUUCCUCCACCCCCAUCUGCUCCUCCGUCUGAUCAUAAGCGGAAGGCUGAAGAGGACGUGAGUCCUCCAUCUCCCACCAAACGGCCUCGAAAUGGCCUUGAAUCUCCGUCCACCCACAAUGGGACACCGGGCCUAAGCCCGACGAAACACGACUCUCCCCGUCCCUCGACAUCCGGCGGCCUGGCGAGCACUCCUGUGCUUCCGCCCUUCCACAAACUCGACCCAAGCCCGAAUCUUAUGGGUAGAAGAUCGCCGGAUGCGCCUAUUCCCCCUCCAGUGAAGUGCAUGACCCCGGAACAGGAAGAGCGUCGACGAAAGGAGGGGACGUCGACGCUGUUCCAGGGUCACACAUAUCCAUACAAUGGCCAGGCAUACCCGAUGUCCUCGCCAUCCUCGAUCCACCAGAUCCCUCCUCUGGGACCGGUGGCGGCCUCUCCCCUGCCUGACCCCGUCCCAUCUCCUCAACAUCACACAUACAACGGCCAGACCCAGCCAUUGUCCUCCCCCUCGAUCACCCGAAUUCCUCCCCUGGGACCGGCGGCGUCGACACCCUCCGUCGUCCCCACCCAGAAAUGCUAG